ACCUGCCCUCCUGUUUGGCUCCUGGAUCCAGGAAUGCCCCAUCAGCUUUCACAAAACGUCAGGUUUGAAAGUAGAACCUCGGGCAUAGCACCGCCCCCAGCAGUAGAUUAAGCUUGGCAAGAAGACCCAGGAACUGGAAGGGGUGGGGGGAGGCGCAGAGCUGAGGUCAAGGGUCAAGGGCCUCACCGGGAAAUGCAGCUGAGCACAGCUCUCCAGCGGCUGCCCGAGUCCCUCUUGAAAUGGGCAGGGCAGGGAGGGCGUGGGCACCAGCGCAGGUGCUGGGGCUCAUUUCUUAGGCCUGCAUCAUGGCUAUGACCCUUGGCCGGGUGGGAUGGGGGCUGUGUCUAUGACGCCACCGUGGCCGUCCCUUGGGUCCCUCGGAAUAGGAGGUGGAAACAGGUGGGACAAGAUUCGGCCCCACGUUGGAGGGAGAGCAAUGGUGUACAAAAGUGGGGAGGCCCUAUCUAGGGACAAGCAGAAAACAGGGUGGGCAGAUGCCCCCCGAACCCUUUGCAGGGAGUGCCAGAGUCCAGAGAGGCUGCUGUGUGACUGGGACCAAGCCCCUUGUCCUCUCAUGCCUCAGUUUCCCCUUCUCUCCAUGGACGGAUUGAGCAGGACAUGGAGGGCCCCUUCCCGUAGCCAUUCUGGGACUCCUUGCACCUGUUCCCGGCGAGGAGACAGGGGAGGGUCCUGAGCUGGCCUCCACGUGGCUGCUGUUCCCCACAGUGGAACCUCGUGUGUGGAGACGGCUGGAAGGUCCCGCUGGAGCAGGGUUCAGCUAGACCUGGUGCUGCCAGGAUGAAGGUUGGACCCUGCAUUAUCCUGACACUGUCCAAGCAUGUCCCCCACUGCCCACCAGGUUUGGCCGCCGGACAGUUUUUGUGGCCUCCCUGAUGCUGGCCACAGGCCUGGGGGCCAGUGAGGCCCUGGCUGCCAGCUUCCCUACCCUGCUGGUCCUGCGCCUACUCCACGGGGGGACAUUGGCAGGGGCCCUCCUCGCCCUGUACCUGGCUCGCCUGGAGUUGUGUGACCCUCCGCACCGCCUGGCCUUCUCCAUGGGGGCUGGCCUUUUCUCAGUGGCAGGCACCCUGCUGCUGCCCGGCCUGGCUGCGCUUGUGCAGGACUGGCGUCUUCUGCAGGGGCUGGGCGCCCUGAUGAGUGGACUCUUGCUGCUCUUUUGGGGGUUCCCGGCCCUGUUCCCUGAGUCUCCCUGCUGGCUGCUGGCCACACGUCAGGUAGCUCGAGCCAGAAAGAUCCUAUGGCACUUUGCAGAAGCCAGCGGCGUGGACCCCGAGGACAGUUCCUUGGAGGAGAGCUCCCUGGUUACAGAGCUGGCCAUGCUGUCUGCGGGGAGCCCCCAGCCCCAGUACCAGUCCCCGCUGGGGCUCCUGCGCACCCAAGUCACCUGGAGAAAUGGACUUAUCUUGGGCUUCAGCUCGCUGGUUGGUGAAGGCAUCAGAGCCAGCUUCCGCCGCAGCCUGGCACCUCAGGUGCCGACCUUCUACCUGCCCUACUUCGUGGAGGCCGGCCUGGAGGCGGCAGCCUUGGUCUUCCUGCUCCUGACCGCAGAUCGCUGUGGACGCCGCCCCGUCCUGCUGCUGGGCACCAUGGCCACAGGCCUGGCAUCCCUGCUGCUCCUCGCCGGGGCCCAGUAUCUGCCAGGCUGGACCAUGCUGUCCCUCUCUGUCCUGGGGCUCCUGGCUUCCAGGGCUGUGUCUGCACUCAGCAGCCUCUUUGCAGCUGAGGUCUUCCCCACGGUGAUCAGGGGGGCCGGGCUGGGCCUAGUGCUGGGGGCCGGGUUCCUGGGCCAGGCAGCUGACCCCCUGGAUGCCCUGCACGGCCGACACGGCUUCUUUCUGCAACACAUCGUCUUCGCCUCCCUUGCUGUCCUUGCCCUGCUGUGUGUCCUGCUGCUGCCUGAGAGCCGAGGCCGAGGGCUGCCGCAGUCCCUGCAGGACGCCGACCGCCUGUGUCGCUCCCCACUCCUGCGGGGCUGCCCCCGCCAGGACCACCUGCCCCUGCUGUCGCCCUCCGACUCCUGCUGGGCUGGCCACACCCCCGAGCAGCGCUAGUCCUGCCUGGUGGCCCUGGGAGCCAGAAUGGGACCGAGGUCAAGACCUGGAGCAUGACUGAGUAACCCAGACAUCUGGUCCAGGGGAGACACAUUCGCCUCAGAAGCCCGUGUCUCAGUGCAGGUGGAGCCAUGGGGACAGCAUGAAGGUGUCCUCAGCCAGGCCCCAGGCACUGGGAGGCCCUGGGUCUCCUCCCUGGCCACACCCAGCAGGUGUGGAGGAUAAAGGCUUCCAUGGAA